AGAUGGCCAUGAGACUCGGCGCCUUCCUCAAGAAUGCCUGGGACAAGGAGCCAGUGCUGGUCGUGUCCUUCGUCAUUGGGUGCCUCGCUAUAAUUAUGCCCCCAUUCAGCCCCUACUUCAAGUACUCCGUCAUGAUCAACGAGGCCACGCCCUACAACUACCCAGUGCCCGUCCGCGAUGAUGGGAACAUGCCGGACGUGUCCAGCCACCCCCAGGACCCUCAGGGCCCCAGCCUGGAGUGGCUGAAGAAACUGUGAGCACCUUCACUGACAGAGGCGGCCCCUCCCACGAAGGCCCUAA